UAAAAUCCGAACCGGUGAGGUUCAACCGGUCUAUUUAAAACAUCAUCAGAACGAAUGUAAAUCUUGGUCGGAUCUAGGGUAAGGGUUUCUAAAUUGAGGAGGAGGAGGAGGAGAGUUUGAAGCUUGAACCAUGUCUCGGUUUCUCAACGAACUCUCCUUGAUGCACAAGAGGGGCCUUCGUUUGUUCUCCUCACCGUCUUCGGGUCCUUUUCUGAGGCUUGGCAAUACGGUCAAGGAAGAAGAUGUACUUGAUGACAUUCUCUUGUUCGAUGCUGCCAAGGAAGAGUUACUCACUGUCCCUGACAAACCACAUCCCCAUGAGCUCGCUGACACCACUCUCGUUGCAUCUUCUCUUGGAUGGGGUUUUUUCUCUGGCUUUUCCGACCACCGUUCCUUGUACAUCUCCGACCACUUGAACCCACUGUCUUCCACAACAUCAUCAUCCAAGGUCAUUCCUCUGCCUCCCCUCACUGCUCUCUCCUCUUGCCAAACUGACGUCUUCUGCAAUGUCGCUAUGUCUUCAUCCUCUCCUAGUGAUGAUGACCCGGACUUGGUCGUUGCUCUCAAGUUCUUGGGCAGACAGCUCUGUCUCUGUAGACCAAACCGUGAUUUGCGUUGGACUAACAUCGCCACUCCUUUCCCCUUCUUGGAAAGAUCCAACCUCAUCUUCUCCAACAGAGACCGCAAGUUCUACUUGCCUCUUCCUGGCAGCACCUACUUGUGCUCCUGGGAUCUCCACUUCACCCCUAGCUUCCGUAAGUUUAUGUAUACCAACCGUCCCAAGCUCUCACAGUCCCAGCACCAGUUUCUGGAUUCUUGUUCCAGGGCUGAUCACUGGGUUGAGUCUCCCUCCGGGGAGCGUUUCCUCGUCAAAUGCUACACUCUGGACGACAGAGACCCUGUGUUCAUGGUGUUUAGAGAGGAAGACAUGAUCAACAUGUGUUACACUGAGGACAUUGGUGAUUUGUGCAUCUUCAUUUCGGAGUCUGACCCUUUCUGCGUCCAAGCUAGCUCGUGCCCUGGUCUACUCCCCAACUCCAUCUAUCUUGUAGAACCUGUCUUUGGUGUUUACCAUCUCCCCACCAGAAGCCUUCGUCAUUUUGAAGAGAAACUGGAUAAGACUGAGACCAGAAGCCUUGGUCAUUUUGAAGAGAGACUGGAUAAGACUGAGGUUAAUCUCCACCUUCCUCACUGGCUUCCUCCUCUUCCUACUAUCUAGCUUUCAUCUUCUAGUCGUAGCUAAGAUAUAACUCUUUUGUACCUGCUCUCUGUCUCUGUUUGCCUUGUGUGUUAAAACUUCCUCCUGUGUAGUGGUAAUAUGCAUAUUUUGUUAGUACCCUCA